CUGUUGAUGAAAUACUCCGACGAUUAAUCACUAGAUCGGAGAAGGAGAACAAUCGUUUGUGCAUAAAAUCCAUGAAAUAACUGAUUAAAUAGAAACAAAGAUUCAGAAUCAAAUUUCUUUUGGAAUAAAAAUGGUGAAAGGAAAAAUGAAUCCCCCUAGAAAAGAUGAUACAAUUACAGUUAUUGUUUGCUGAACACACGCCAGCAGGAUUAAUCCCGAAAGUUGAGAACCACGAGGAAGAUAUCCCGAGGGUUGGGAGAUGGGAUAUAUACCAGAUUUCUGAUUACAUUUGGAAAACAGACAUGACACAGUUUUCGCCAACUCCUAGCUUUGUGGCUGAGUUUUCACAGCUUGAGAAGCAGCUGGGUAUAUCAACCGUGGUACCCAGCAAGGACGACCUGCAAAGUUGGCUGAAAGCGCAAACUAUUGAGAAUAGCCAUCUAAAAGAGCAACUGCAAGAAAAGCAAGCAAUGCUUAAAGCAGUGUAUGCAAUUGCAAGAGAAGGGAUAUCAGAAGGGGACCUUUCAGGAACAGCGGAAUUCAAGGUACUGAGCAUGGAGCUACUGAGCAUGAAAAAGAAGAGUUACAAUUAG